AUGACGCAGCCCCCGCACGCCGCCGGGCCCUCCACCGCCGCCUCAACACACCCCAAGCCCCCGGAAUCGCACCAAACACCCCUACAGAUCCUGCCCGCUAUGCUGCACGCCGUCUUCUGCCAAACAGCCGACGUCUUCAACACGCCGCAGCGCCAGCAGCCCCGCGCCGUAAUCCACACCAAUGCGCAGCUGCGCACGUCCGUCUCCGUGUGUAACGAGCGCUUCCAGUAUGCGCUGGAUCUGCUGGAGAUGGAUAUCCUAAAAGCCAAAGCCACCCUCCGCCGGGACCUCUCCGCCCUGCGCGCCGCCGAAGAAGCGCGCGAAGCCGAGGCAGCCAAGGAGCGCGAGCGCGAGCGCGCAAAGGCCGAGGCCGAGGCCGCAGCUGCAGCGGCGGCGGCGGCAGCACAGGAGGCAAAGAAGCAGCAGCUGUUGAAGCAGCAGCAACAGCAACUACAACAGAAACAGAAACAAUUACUGCAGCAGCAGCAGCAGCAGCUACUACAGCAACAACAACAACAGCAACAGCUAUUACUACAACAACAGCAACAGCAGCAGCAGCAGCAGCAGCAGCAGGAUAUAGUGAUGAGCGACACCCCCGCCGCCGCCGCGCCGCCGGCACCGAUGCAGUCCGCGGCGGCCGCGCAGAACUUUGACGACUUUCUGGCGAGCUUCCCUGUGGGGGUGGGCGGGGUGCAGGGGCAGCCGGCGCAGGGGCAGGGGCAGGGGCAUGAUGAUGGUGGGAUGGGGGGCGGGCAGCCGCUGGAGGAGAGUGAUCUGUUUGGGAGCGAGUUUAAUGAUUUGUUUGGGUAUGGGGGUACGUAG